AUGGGCCAGCCAUCCAAGUUCCCCUUCUCGCUUCCCGGCCGGAAGCACAAGACGGCCGGCUUGACCUCCCCGCCGCCCAUCUCUGCGCCGUUGACCAAAGUCCAGAAGAUCCUCGGUACCGCUGCGAUCAACAUUGAUUCGCCCACGCUGCUCAAUCCAAACCGCGCGCCGUGGGACGCGCAGCCAAGUCCUGGUCUUGGGGUUGUUGAAUUGGGAGGAGAAGAUCAGAGCCAGAGGCAUGGACAUAGGGGAAGAUGGGAUGAUACGUCUGCUGCAUCGAUUGACCGGCCGGAGACGUCGAACUCGCGACAUCAUGCCAUAGAGUCACCCGGAUUAACAAGACGUCAAUCGAGUUCUACAAUUACCUCACAUCAUGAGAAUCGCUCUGCUUCCGCAGCUGCCAGCGGGCUGCCAUCUAAGGCGCAGGCGCUGCUUGAUAUUGACGGGACCUAUACCAAUAACGUCCCUCCCCCAUUAAACAACGAUUCGCACGACAGGGAUAUGCGCAAGGCGCGCAAAAAGCCCUCGAAAUUAGACCUCUCUGCCCUCCUACCUGGACACAAAUCCUCCAAAAACCGCGACCGUGACCGCGAUCAUCGCGCUGACUCCAGCCGAGGCCAUUAUCCCGACAACGAUGCCACUGACUCACGAUCCUCUACGCCCCCGCCCAUCCUACAACGCGCAGAUCGCAAAAUCCGCAAGAUCCUCACCAAAGAAUCCCUCCGCGACCGCGAUCGCGACAAACAAACCACCCCCGUCCCGACUUCAGCUCCCCCCGCCGGUCCUAACAGGCAAUACUCUGCUAAUAACGAGCUACACAACCUGUACGAUCACUACGAGCAACGGACGUUUGCUGACGCAAUGGAUCGGCAGUUACAGGGUUUGUCUGCGGAGUAUAGUAUUGGUAGUCUGGAUAGUGUGCCGGAAUGGCGGUCUACGACUGAGACAACUGCUACGACGGCUACGACAGCAACGUCGGCGUCGACUUCAAGCCUGCCACCGACAACAGCUAACAAUGCUUCUUCUGGAAAGGCUUUCUUGUCACCCUUCCCUCAGCCAGUGAAUGUGAAUGUUGCUGCGUCUGCUAGAGCCAAGAUGCAGCAGCCAGUCAUACCGUCAAGCCCCAUCAUGCCCGACUGCGCGAGCGUCUCCAGCCGGCACACGCGGACGUCACGCGCAUCUAAACGCACGGAAAGGAGUCUGAACGAGAUUGAUUUGUUGCAGAACAGUGUGCUUGCGCUGUCGUCUGACUCAGAAGAUGACUUUGGUGGGACUUCCCCAAGGGAUUCAUUCUCCAACACAGGAGACUGCAUCGGUCCCAAAACUGGGGCAGGGCUCCCUGUGACGGGGAUAGAGGCUGGCUUUGCCAGACCAGCAAAGAGGACCAGCUUCUUGACCAGCACGCAGUAUCUACCUUCAAGUCAUCCAAGCGAAGUGAGUGCUACUCCGACAGGGCCAAAGAUUUUACCUCGCUCGAGCUCGCUGGCGGCAAAGAAGUUGAUGGCGAAGCAGUUGGCUGGGUUAGUGGUGACGGAUAAUUCACGACUAUCAGUUGGAACUGCAUCUACAGACAAGACAGAAAGAAUAGUGGUCCCAGAGAAGGACAGGAAACCGAAGAAAAUUCCGAGUGAAUCGGACUUUAACCAGUUCAACUUCCCUACGCCACCAACAACAGGAAGUAUGAAUUUGCCUACUAGGGGGAGGAGGUCCGUUUCUGUCUCGAGGGCGUUGGAUCACCAUGUUUCGCAGCUGCUGAGCCCUGGCAUGGUGGUGGAUAUGUACCUACAGAGUCCGUACUCUCCUCCUCCCGAGACUGACGGGCCGCGGAGUGCAACGAGCUUGGGGAUUCGUCGCGGCAGUGAGAGCAGCAGUAUCAAUGAUGAGGGAGCUAUUUCAUCAAAUGGAAGGUUUAUGGCCGUUACGAGGCAAGAAGAAAUGUUAUUGUCGGCUCUGCGUAUGAAAAGGGCGAGGAUGAGGGAGGAUAUUAUUGCUGAGUUGGAGGAGGACGCUGCUGCUGCGGCCUCCGAAAAGCAUGACUCUGUCUCUUCGAACGGGAAUGGGAAUGGAAAUGGAGGACAGUUGAGAAGACAGAUUACGAACGAGAGCAUCGCCACCAGUAUGAUGUCAAGGCAAAGUUCGUGGAGCACCAUGCGCGCUGCUGAGACUGUACUCUCUGCUAGGCCGAGGCAAGGCAGCACAGGACGGAUCGUCCUUGAAAGGAGAGACACGUCAGGAUCGAGGUCAGGUGCUUCGUCCAUUGUUGAGGGUGAUGAGCCUACCCUGGGAGAACAUGAACGGCGGGGUAGCAAAUCGUCUACAACAUCUUCCCGCAGGAACCAGUCCAUCAGCUCUACUCGUCCGGCUCGCGAUGGAAGUUUAAGCCGUCUUGGCUCUGAUCAGACGAGCACACGAGGUCAGCAGAAGGGAUAUAUCUCUGGCAGAAUUCCAGAAGAGCCUGUUGAAGAAGAAGUUGGCGUACCGAGGCCAGAUUCGCCUAUCUCGCCAUCGCCGGCGGAUUUCCCUGUUCCUAACAUGACGGGUUCUAGAGGCACGGGGAAUGGCAUGAAGGGAAAUAAACAGGUUAGGUUGAGCGCGGUGGGAUAUUAA